AUGAAGGAAGAAGAUACUAACGUCACUAGGUUCUGCAAGGCAACGUCUGCGUGUAAAGAUGCAGCAUUCUACUACCUUGAAGGAUUCGACUGGAAUCUCGAAGACGCCAUCUCUGGUUUCCUCGGUGAUCAACUUCCUCCGCUCAAAAUAAGAGCGACUCCACGGAGGGUGAAUGAAUGGCGAGAGCGAUCUCGAUCUCCUUUAAGAAGAAGAUACUCUACUACCUCUGUCUCGGAAUUUACGCUGAAGAUGCGCCAAGAUGAGAUAACCAUAACGAAAAGCUCUGAUACGGGUGCUUUGGCCACCAGUUUGGAUGAUAGUGGAAGAGAGCUUCAUGAUUCUGAUGAUAUAUCUCAUGGAGAAAAAAUUGUGUCUAUAGCUAAUCCGGUGAAUCAAGAGUUUAAAGAAGAGGUAAAUUCUAUUCUUGCAUGCUACUCCAUUACCAGUACUGUCUUUUGCUUAUUAUACCUAUAAUCACAUCUCUUUCCUUUAAAUGAUGUGUAUUGUAUCACCUUAGGGAUCAUCAGUUCAAGCUACGAAGAUUUGUGAAUCCACCUCCAUUGAGAUUCACUUGCCUAGACCGGAUCCUUAUUCGGACUCUGACUAAGCUGAUUGGACUUUUUUCUUGAGAUGGAAGCAGAUUGAUGUAUAAAUCCUUUAUUGGUACUUCUUUAUCCAAUCUUGCUCACCUACUCAACAUAUCAUUAAACCUUGAUCUUACACAAACUUUUUUUUUUAGGUAAACCUUGCACAAACUUCAUAUACACACAACUUAAAUUCUUCUUGAAUACGAUUCAGAAAAGUCUGGUGUUUGAUUAUGAGGAUCAUAUCUAGACUGUAGAAAUAUCUUAGUUGUAUUUAUUAUGAGGACCAGUGACCUCUAAGUCCAGGUCCAAUAUGGUAUUGGUCCAUACUUUGUCCUCAGUAAUUGAUUGAUCUUGUCUGAAGUUCAAAUUGCCACAAAGUUUAGAGUCAAGCAAUUUGACGUUGUCUAUU